UGAACCAUGGAGACACCGAGGCGCUUCGCCCGGGAGUGGUGCGCCCAAAGGCUUCCUCGGGCACAGACGGUUGUUUGGAAGGUGUGGCUUUGUGAGUUCUGGCUACUACUGCUGGGUUCCGGUUUGAACGCGCAUUUUUUGCCACACGAAGAGGACGUAACGUUUAUCAAUGAGUACGUGAACCUGCACAAUGAGCUCCGGGGCAGCGUCAUCCCCCGAGGGGCUAACUUGCGCUUCAUGACUUGGGAUGUAGCUUUGUCACGGACUGCUAGAGCAUGGGGCAAAAAAUGUGUGUUUGAACGUAAUAUUCAUUUAGAAGAACUAAAAAUGGCCCAUCCUAGAUUUAAUGGUAUUGGUGAAAAUAUGUGGGUCGGCCCUGAAAAUGAAUUUACUGCAAGUAUUGCUAUCAGAAGUUGGUUUGCACAGAGGAAAAACUACAAUUUUGAAAAGAACAGUUGCUCUGAUAACUGUUCUAAUUAUCUACAGCUUGUUUGGGACAAGUCUUACAAAGUUGGUUGUGCUGUUACUCCAUGUUCAAGAAUUGGACGUAUUAAACAUGCAGCACUUUUCAUAUGCAACUAUGCACCAGGAGGAGCUCUGUCAAGAAGUCCUUAUCAACGAGGAUUAAUGUGUUCUCGAUGUAGCAGCUAUGACAGAUGCACAGAUUUUCUAUGCAGUAACGCAGAUCGUGACCAAGCCAUAUAUUACCGAUUUUGGUAUCCAAGAUGGGAAGUACCCCGGCCAAUUGUGUGUGAUCCACUGUGCAUACUUAUUUUAUUUCUGAGAAUGCUGUGUUUUUCACUAAGUGCCACAAUUGUUUUGAUAGUACAGUCUCAUUUUCCAAAUAUAUUAUUGGAAGAAGAGAUGGUUUUUAUCCCUGAGGAGGAAGAGGAGGGGGAGGGGGAGGAGGAGGGGGAGGGAGAGGAGGAGGGGGAGGGGGAGGAGGAGGGGGAGGGGGAGGAGGAGCAGGAGGAGGAGGGGGAGGAGGAGGGGGAGGAGGAGGAGGAGGAGGACAGGAAAAAAGAGGAAGAGGAAAAGGUGGAGGAGGAGGUGAAGGGUUUGGGUGAUGGUCCACUGACCACAGCUGGGCCCAGUCAUGGUGUUUGGCUUGGGGAUCCAGACAGACAUUCGAGGCAGGUCCUCCUUGGUGGCUAA